GCGACGAUCACCGCCCACAGACCCGGUGAUCUCCGGCACUCCUCCACACAGCUGACUGACUGCAGUCAUGUUUGCCUAAGCAUGAGCUUAAACUGUAAAACGGACAGAUUCCCCUUCCCUCCACACGCCCUGCUGCGAGAGCCGGAGAGGAAGGCGCACCCCCCCGAGCUCAGACCGGAGAGGAAGGCUCUUAUUCGGUCAGAUGGCGUGCCGCAGUCCGCCCACGCGUUUCUCGCGCCCACAGCGAAAGAGCGUCAUUAACUCACCGCUCCUGCCAGCACAGCAGAGAGAGCCUAGACAACACAAGAGUUUCAAGAGUAUUUCAGCACAAUCUCACAUCUGUGGAAUAAGGUCUAACAAGCACUGCAAACAAAUAUACAGUUCCUGGUUGAUGCUUAAAGAUACAGGUCUAUAAAUAGAACGAAAAGUUUGAACUGAGUGAAAGCAGUGCAAAUCUCUAGAUUCCGUCGCUUGGGUUCGGUUACUGAAGCUCAAGUUUCUUCUGGAUCCUGUCUUGAAGUCUCUCAAGUCAUGUCACUUCCCCGGACGCUGGGCGAGUUGCAGCUCUACCGAGUUUUACAGAGAGCAAACCUGCUGAUGUACUACGAGACCUUCAUCCAGCAGGGAGGAGAUGAUGUCCAGCAGCUGUGCGAGGCUGGCGAAGAGGAGUUUCUCGAGAUCAUGGCACUAGUAGGCAUGGCCACAAAACCCCUUCACGUGCGACGCUUGCAGAAAGCCCUGCGCGACUGGGCGUCGAACCCAACGCUGUUCAACCAACCACUGGCCACCAGUGUGGCUCCCAGUGGAGUCCCUCUCCUCAGGAUCGACGGCACCGGUUCUGCUGGCUCGGUUAUGGGUGCGAGAAAAUCUUUAAGCAACGGUCAGCCGGGCUCUCCGUGUGAAAGAGACGAGGUGGGCUCUUGCCUGACGCCGCUCAGAGAUAACAGUCCGAGGAGUCCCUGUUCACAGGCUUCUCCUGUUCCUCCAGACCUUCUGUACAGAGAAAAACUGUCCCCCAUGGACCCUCACUGGCUCAGCCCUGAAGUGUACGGAGCCGGUGAGUUAGAUGAAGACCAGCCCGUUCCCUCUCUACCUUUCGCUUGCCACUCGCGUCUUCUGGGUCCUCCGACGCCUAACUCUUCCUCCUCCUCUUCCUCUUCUGUGGUCUCGCCGUGGCCUGGAGGUCAGCUGGACACCGAGACCAUUAAAGCCGUGGAGGACAGCGUCGAUCGGCUUCUGAGGACCAUGCCUCAAGCCGAUCAGACCGAGCUGAAGACGCUUCUGAGACUCAAUAAGAAAAUGGCCAAGACAGUGGGACACAUUUUUAACCUGGAGCCUCAUGACAAGAGCAAAGAGGAGGAGAUCCGCAAAUACAGCCUGAUCUACGGGCGCUUCGACUCCAAGAGGAGGGAAGGGAAACAGCUCACCCAUCAUGAGAUGCUCAUCAAUGAGGCGGCGGCUCAGUUCUGCAUGCGGGACAACACUCUGCUGUUACGCAGAGUUGAACUCUUCUCGUUAGCGCGACAAGUGGCCAGAGAAUGUGCCUACACCUCAACAUUUAAACAUCACAGGACAUACUCAGAUGAUUGUACUCCCUCUGUUGACUGUACUGCUCAGAAGAGAAUCAAGCUUGAUGUCACAGAUUCGGACAGGCUGUCUAAGGACGCGGUAGCCAACAGUGACAUCAGAUCUACAGCAGACGACAACAGCCUCUCUGGAGAAAGUCUAGAUAGUUUAACACAAGAUAUCAGCCCUCAGUUGCACCCGUCCUCAUCCCCUCACCCCCCCACCGACACCAAUGGCCUCAUCACCUGGAGUCGCCAGCUCAUGCAGCAAACUCUCAUGGAUGAGGGCCUCAGAUUGGCUAGAAUGGUGUCACGUGACCACGCAAGCAAAGUCAGCCUAGGGUCAGAAAAGAGACAGAUUUCAGAGAUGGAGGAGAAGGUGUCCGAGAGGAGAGGAUCGAGUAACAGAAGCAUCAGUCCAGCGAACACCAAAGACGACCCAUAACCGAUAUCCUGCCAGUCUCUGUGUUGAACUCAGGUCGGAUAUCAUCAGCCAUGGUGUGCGGUUCGCUACGUUCAUUAGUUCUGUGCGGUAUUUUAGAACCUUGUGUUCUAUUAGAACAUAUAAAGACGUAAAGUUGUGUUUUUGCAAAUGAAAUUCGAAGCAGACCAAGGUUAGCGCAAACAACAAAGAUGUUACAAAUCCAUUUCAUUUUCUUGGUCAGGAUGUUUUGACUUGACAGACAAUGGUGCUAAUUUUUAUCCAUUACCGAACCAUUAUAUAUGAGGAUAAAUGGCAUGCUUCUUGUUUGAUGUAGGUUUCAAUAAGAGUGAAGAGUUCAUGAGGUGCGUGUUCAUUUAAUCCCAAUGCUAGAAUACACUUUAUAUAAACUGCUCAAACACUUCAUUAUGUACAGCGGGCGAAAUAUGAAAUUGACUCCCUGACACUAUUUACUUAUACUGACGCGGUGAAUAUUAAUAUAUCAACUGCUAUAUUUAAAUGCUCAUAUUUAAGUAGACUUUCAAGGUUACAACAAUACAAUAUGUAAAUGAAUCAUGGGAAGAAUAGUAUUUUCACUGUAUGAAUGGCUAUAAUGAAUAUGUGCAUUACAGCUCCUAUUAGAAAUAUAUCUGUGGCCUCUUUAAUGACAGAGUAUUUAUUUUUUAAUUCCUCAAUACAUUAUAUUGUGAUGUUUCUGU